UUGCGAUGACAAACACUGACCAAAAAGCAAAUCCAAAGUAAGACAAAAUAUUUAUAUCACAAGAUGCCAAUCCAUUGCUAAACUUUUACACAUUCCCAUAUCAUUUUCUCCUAUUUAUUUAUAUAUACAGCCUCCUUCGUAUGUUGUACGUAAUAAUCAGUAGCUGUAGCUAUACUCCUAUCUCCCUCCCUCUCUCAUAUCUACUUUGAAUGGCACCGAUGAGUUUGCCUCCAGGUUUCAGGUUUCAUCCAACAGACGAAGAGCUAGUGGCAUACUAUCUGGACAGGAAGGUCAACGGCCGAACCAUUGAGCUUGAGAUUAUCCCCGAAGUUGAUCUCUAUAAAUGCGAGCCAUGGGAUUUGCCUGAGAAGUCAUUUUUGCCGGGGAACGAUAUGGAAUGGUACUUUUACAGCACAAGGGAUAAAAAGUAUCCGAAUGGGUCUAGGACAAACCGUGCGACCCGAGCGGGUUACUGGAAAGCCACAGGGAAAGAUCGUGUAGUAGAAUCAAAGAAAAUGAAGAUGGGGAUGAAGAAGACGCUCGUUUAUUACCGAGGAAGGGCUCCUCAUGGCCUUCGUACUAAUUGGGUGAUGCAUGAAUAUCGUCUCACUCACCCUACUUCCUCCUCUUCCAUCCAGGAAUCGUAUGCAUUGUGCCGUGUGUUUAAGAAGAAUAUACAAAUUCCAAAGAGAAAAGAAGAAGAAAUGACUACUAGUGUUGGGAAAGAGGAGGAAGAAGAGGAGAAGAAGAAGUGGAAAAAGUAUGAUGGGGAGAGGAUGGAAAGAGAAAGCGAAGAAGUGGAAAGCUUAAAAAUAGCAUCAGCGGAGACAUCCUCAUCAGAGCUCACUCAAGGGAUCCUUUUAGACGAAGCUAACAGUUCAUCCAUUUUCGCCCUUCAUUUCUCUUCUUCCCUUCUCGACGAUCAUGAUCAUCAACUUUUUGAAAACUACCCUCAGCUUCCCUUCCAUCCUCCUCUCCCACUCCAAGGUUUCCCUCAGCUCUCUAUGAACGAAGCAGAGAUCAUAUCUAUGGACAAUUCCAAGCAACAAGACUUUCACUACAGAGACUCGAUAAACGGGACACUUGACGAGAUCUUCUCUUUUGCUUCUUCCUCCGCCACCUUGCCCCCAGCACUUUAAUAUAUAAUCCUUAUUUUCAUUUAAUAUAUAGUCCUUAUUUUCAUAUUCAGACUUCUUUUCUUAACCUACCGAAUUAUAUUUAGAUAAUUCAUAUAUAUCGUUUUUCUUUUCUUUUUGGCUUCUCAAUUGGUAUAAGUGUAACCUACGACAAAAGGUUUGUGGUUGUUGAGUUUUUUUUUCUGCCACAAAAAAAAAAUUAAAAUAUUCAUUUCUAAUUUUUUUCAAUCUUAAAGAAUGUGUGCGUGUGUUAUAACUUAUAAGUAGUGAUUCCGUAGAUCAACCUUUGUAAUCUACAUUGGGUUGGAUCCCAAAAACUUAAGAAACAAUUUACUUCAAUUUUCUUUUCAUAUCUUUUCAUAAGACAAUAGUCUCUUAAAUACGUACAAUAACUGUCUACUAAACAAAUGGGAAACGUGAAAGAAUGGGAGACAAUCCUAGAAUAUAGGAAACACACAUUACCGCAUCCACAUCUCUAACCAAGUCAAUCUUGGUUUACUUUGGUUAUCCUUUGGUUAUGAUCUUAUCACAUUGUUCUGCCUGUAAUCUAUAUUUUUAGAGGAAAUGGAUUCUGAUAAGCCAAUAAAAAGGAGAAAACUUAGAAAAAAGAGAUAUAAGUUGCAAAUGAUUUCUGUGAAGAUGAGUUUAGGUUCCUGAGGAGAUUAUCAAUAUAUAUACCGAAAGAGGAUCGGCCUAGUUUCCUUAAACAAAGGCGUCAGCUCGUGCGGUUCUUGCGUUCUACCACACUAUUUUGUUGAGAAGUAUAAAGACAUGUGGUUUGAUGGAUGAUCUCAUGCUUAGCAGUAAGAGCCUUGAAUUAAUUGCUUCUGUAUUCAUCACCACUGAACUGAGUUGAUAUAUGUGGAAAAGUAGAGAAAGCUUUAAGGACAUGACUUUUAGAAAGUAAGAGCCUUACCCAAGUGUAUUUGAAUUUCUCAUUAAUAAAAACGACAAAGUACUUGCAGUGAUGUAUUGAUAUAGAAGGAGUAGUCCACACAUUAGAAGAAAUCAGAGCAAACAAUUCUCAUUAGUAGUAGAAUAAACAAGAAAAACUAAUUUGCAAUGCUUUCAUAGGAUACACUCCUCAAAUGUAUCCCCUUUAUCAUUCUUAAAUGUAAUACUAGGAAUUAAUAUCUUAAGAGCAUUCAUAUUAAAAAAAAUAUGAAAAAAUAUAUAUACUUUUAAGAUGAAUAUCUAUUAAAUGAAAAUUCUAUUCAUAUAUAUUUUUAUGAUCAAUUGUAUUUUUUUUAUAACAAAAAUUUAAACCAUUGAUUACAAAUUUUUAAUUGCGAGAUUUUUAAUAAUUUUAGUAAU